AUGGGUUGGCCUUUGAUUGGCACUAUGUGGACUUUCCUCAGAGCUUUCAAGUCAUCUAAUCCUGAUUCCUUCACCAGUGACCUUGUAAAAAGAUAUGGUCCAACUGGGAUAUACAAAACAUUCAUGUUUGGAUCUCCAAGUGUAAUAGUGACUAAACCAGAAACAAUGAAAAGAGUUAUGACAGAUGAUGAUGCAUUUAUGCCCGGUUGGCCGAAAUCCACUGUGGAGCUUAUGGGGAAGAAAUCUUUCGUUUCAAUUUCUUACGAAGAACACAAGCGUCUUAGAAAGUUAACCGCAGCUCCGAUUAAUGGUUAUGAUGCUUUGUGUGUUUACUUGAAGUACAUAGAAGAAAUUGUGGUGAUCGAGUUGGAAAAAUGGUCCAAGAUGGGAAAAAUUGAGUUCUUGACUCGACUUCGAAAGCUCACUUUCAAAAUCAUAAUGCACAUUUUCCUUGGUGAAGAGAGUGAGCCCGUUAUGGAAGCGUUGGAGAACGAAUACACUGCGCUUAAUUAUGGAGUUCGAGCAAUGACAAUCAACAUCCCUGGAUUUGCUUACCACAAAGCUCUUACAAUAUUUGAUUUAGGUUACCUCAUUCCUAAGGGAUGGAAAGCUCUUGCCUGGUUUAGAAGUGUUCAUAUGGAUCCUGAAAUUUAUCCAAAUCCAAAGGAGUUUAAUCCUUCAAGAUGGGAGGGACACACACCCAAACCUUGUAGUUUCGUUCCUUUUGGUGCAGGAACCAUGCUGUGUCCGGGAAAUGAUCUUGCGAAGCUUGAAAUUGCAAUAUUUCUUCAUUACUUUGUCCCUGGCUAUGAAAUGGAGAGGCUUAACCCAAAAUCCCCUUUAAGGUAUCUCCCCCAUACAAGGCCUAUUGAUAACUGCUUGGCGAUUAUCAAGAAAUUGAACUAAUGAUUUCAUCUUUGUAAGGGAGAUGUUUAUAAAGAAGAAGUAUUUGAGGAGGGAAGAUGGGAGAAUUGCUUCUAAAUAAAAUGAUCAUGAGAUGUAAGAAUUAUAGUGGAAAGAUGUUGUGUUUGUAAUAAAAGUUAAAUGGUCUUUCAAAUUUAUCGUUUUAAUCCUUAAUUUGGAUUUGUUCAAA